GUGGCGGGUCAUAGGGAUCCAAGGCGUCCAACCCAUAGAAUUGAUUAGUGAGAUAUCCAUUGAAGCGCAGUUGGCGUGAAUCUACUUCUUGUGUCCCCCAUUGAAGCAGCUUCUGAGACCCAACCGUAUUGGAGUGAAAGGAGGAAGAGGAGAGAGAAAAAAUCAGAAAAUUGAGAAUGUUGAAGUUCCUUUCAAAGGUGAAGCUAGAGUUCAACGCACUAGACUCCCGUGCAGGUGCGUGCAUGGAGUUCUUAGCCCAAUGUAGCGCCGGAAAAGCCAGAGACUCAAACCCCAGUUGCCAAGUCGAAGUUAAGCGUCGCACCGAUGAUCACCCUCCUCAAAUCAAGGUCACCUUCGUCAAUGGUGUCGAGGAAGUUUUCGACGCUUCUAAAACCUCUGCUCAAUCCAUUCGUACUCUCAUUCUCGAUAAAGGUCAGUACCUUGAAACUGAGCAGAUGUUUCGAGAUGGUGGUCAAGGUUGGCCUGUCAUUAUUCCUGAGGAAGAGCUUCGUGAACCUACUCCUAGUAUUAAGCCUAGAAAAGCAGAAGACAAAAAGCAAUAAUAGCUCCUUCUUGAAAAGCUAAUUAUAUCACAGAGAAAAAGCCCGAUGAGAGCAGGCAAUCACAUUGUGUAGCGCCUUAGCACAGAGGACGUCUGCUUUUAAAGACGGUCAAGUUUUUGAGAAGUGUUUGUAUGUUCGGAAAUGUACCCUCUGGUGCCUGACUGAUAGUGAUUUGGCGCAACAAUUUCAUGUCAAUCACUUUACCUCAAUAUUGCCGUGUCAAUGGUUGUAUGAUCUUAUUUCACCUUUUCUCCUUUUACUACUCACAAUUUUGAUCUCUUAUUGCUCUUGAGCAGAAUAUCCUACACCUGGUGUUGCCUUGAUGAUUUAUAAUGUGAAACUUAGUAGCUUUUAGUUUUGGGAUUUGCUCUUAGUUGUGAAGAUAGAUAAUUAAUAAAUAGUCGAUAAUUACUAUUUUUGGAUCAA